CGUCGUUGUUUAACGGCGAACAGUGGACUAAAAUUUCAGCGAUGACGGUAAGGAAGAAGGCCAAAUUCAGCCGAACGCAACGGCAUCGCAUCACAUCACGCUGGUUACGCGUCAACACUCCUCAAUUCCAUUGAUGCCAACCAACUCCAAACACCCGCUGCCUCAUUAACUUCCUCCACGGAAGUUGCUCUUGCUUGCUUGCUACUCAUAUAAUCCAAUCCGAUCCACGCGCGCCCAAUUAAUUCCCGACGACAUGGCUAUGGCUUCCACCACCGCCUCCGGCAACGGCAGCGUCCACACCACCACGGCGGCGCCCUUCCGAACCCACAAAGACUUGGAGGCCGCCAGGAGGCAGCGGCGGCGGCGCUGCCUGUGCUGCUGCCUGGUGGCCACCCUGGUGGUGCUCCUCCUCCUGGCCAUCACCCUCCUAGUCCUCUUCCUCACCGUGCUCCGCGUGCGCGACCCCACCACCCGCCUCGUCUCCACCCGCCUCAUCGGCGUCGCCCCGCGCCUCUCCUUCCCGGCGGCCUCCAUCCAGCUCAACGUCACGCUGCUCGUCACCGUGGCCGUGCACAACCCCAACCCGGCGUCCUUCGCCUACGCCUCGGGGGGCCACACCGACCUCACCUACAGGGGCGCCCACGUCGGCGACGCCGAGAUCGACCCCGGCCGCAUCCCCAGCCGCGGCGACGGCACGGUGCAGUUGGCUCUCACGCUGCAGGCCGACCGGUUCGCGGGGGACCUGACGCAGCUCAUCGGCGACGUGAUGGCCGGGUCGGUGCCGCUGGACGCCAGCACCAGGAUCCCCGGGAGGGUGGCCAUCUUUGGGGUUUUCAAGCGGCACGCCGUGGCCUACUCCGACUGCCAUUUCGUGUUCGGCGUGGCGGAGAUGGGCGUGCGGAGCCAGCAGUGCAGCGACCGGACCAAGCUCUAGCGAGCUGGUUGAUUCCAUUUCACAGCGACAGCAUGUGAGAGUGAGACAAGACGAGACGAUACGAGAAGCCACUGCUGCCGUGUUCGCUUUCUUCUUUCUUUUGUAAAGGAGGAGUUCACGUGCAUCCGCGUGUUGCACACCACGAAUAACACGGGCGGCACGUCACGUUAUAGAUAUCAGAUCAGGAAUUCAUAGUUGUACAACUUUUAAUUAAUCUUCUUUGCUAAUUUUGUAAUUGAUUUGAUUCUAUGUAUAAACAUAUGGCACUUGUAUGUCAGUUUGGAUACACAUCAUGUAUACAUACAUAUACAGUACUAUGCUAGGUUAAACUGAC